CGCAGAUUGUGAUAGUUAAUGAUCAUCUUGAAUGCACCCGUGCUGCUAACAGCGUCCUGCACUUUGGACGCACUGCUGCUAUUCUGCGCCUGUUACAGGUUAAAGUUAUGGACGAACUUACCGGAGCGCAGCUUAUUGCUGAAGCACUGAAAGCUCAGAAUGUGGAGUACAUGUUUGGCAUCGUUGGAGUUCCCAUCAUUGAGGUUGCCAUGGCAGCCCAGGCUGCUGGCAUCAAGUAUGUGGGCAUGCGCAAUGAACAAGCGGCCUGUUAUGCUGCUUCUGCAGUUGGGUAUUUAACUGGACAUCCUGCAGUGUGUCUGGUGGUGUCUGGACCUGGGCUGAUCCAUGCACUUGGUGGAAUGGCCAAUGCUAACAUGAACUGCUGGCCUGUGUUAGUCAUUGGGGGCUCCUCAGAUCAGAAUCAGGAGACAACUGGAGCAUUUCAAGAAUUUCCACAGGUAGAAGCCUGUCGCCUUUACAGCAAGUUUUCAGCUCGACCAGGCAGCCUGAUUAUGAUACCAGCUGUAGUUGAAAAGGCUGUAAGGAGCAGUAUUUAUGGUCGUCCAGGAGCAUGCUACAUAGACAUCCCUGGUAACAUGGUAAAUGCAAGAGUGGACCGGAAAUCAGUCAGGUUCCCAUCCUGUUGUCCUCCUUCUCCAGUGAGCCUGGCCAGCAAUCAUGAACUCUCCAAAGCUGUCACAGUGCUCAAACAAGCUGAGAGACCACUUCUCAUCAUUGGCAAAGGUGCGGCAUACGGUCGGGCAGAGAACGAAAUUAAAGAGCUUGUGGAACUAAGUGGGUUGCCCUUCCUGCCAACUCCCAUGGGGAAAGGAGUACUUCCCGAUGACCAUCCCAACUGUGUGGCUGCUGCACGCUCCAGAGCUCUGCUGCAGGCAGAUGUGGUUGUGCUGCUGGGUGCCAGACUAAACUGGAUCUUGCACUUUGGCUUCGCUCCCAGAUUUAGCCCUGAUGUCAAACUUAUUCAGGUGGAUAUUUGUGCAGAGGAGCUUAGUAAUAAUGUUCGAGCUACAGCAGCACUACUGGGAGAUGUCAGGGCUGUAGUCAGCCAGCUGGUAGAAAAUUUGAGAUCGGACACAUGGGCGUAUCCAGCAGACACAGAGUGGUGGACAAAGCUGAAAGAAAAAAUGGCUUCCAAUGCUCAGAUAUCAAAAGCUCUUUCUCUCCAAAAUACUCUGCCCAUGAACUACUACACUGCAUUCCAUCACAUUGCUCAACUCCUACCCAAAGACUGUGUCAUUGUCAGCGAAGGAGCCAACACCAUGGAUAUUGGUCGCACCAUGCUGCACAACUACUUCCCCAGACACAGGCUGGAUGCAGGGACAUUCGGCACAAUGGGAGUCGGACCUGGCUUUGCCAUUGCGGCAGCAGUAUUGGAACAGGCCCAGCACACCAGCAAAAGAGUGGUGUGUGUAGAGGGAGACAGCGCAUUUGGCUUUUCAGGCAUGGAAGUUGAGACCAUGUGCAGGUAUAAGCUGCCAGUGAUCAUCAUUGUCAUCAACAACAAUGGCAUAUAUAGUGGUGUAAAUAAAGAGACAUGGAGGGAAAUGGAGAAGAUGGGAGACAUGACCACAAUAGCUCCUCCAGUGACACUCCUGCCCGAGGCACGUUAUGAGCAGGUAAUGUGUGCAUUUGGGGGAUGCGGCUAUCUGGUCAGGACAGUAGAGGAACUGCGUACAGCCCUUCAACAGAGCUUGAGACAAACAGCCACCCCAAGCCUAAUUAACGUACUAAUAGACCCAGCCUCGGACCGAAAGCAACAGGAGUUCCCCUGGCUGACUCGCUCCAAUCUGUAAGAAGAGGAGGAGUUGUUUUUUUUUUUUUUUGCUGUGAUGGACAGUAGUCAUCCUUUACUAAUGACUAGCCCCAGAGCAGGCAACAGAACUACCCCCAUCUUGCACUUUAUGUAUUGACAUUAAUUACCAGAUGGUCUCUAAUUACUGACAUUUUUAUGAUUAAGCUCUUUUUUCAGCCACAAGCCUGACCUUUGGUUAACCUGUGAUUAUUGAAUUAUUGAUCAGUUAUCUCUUUAUGUAAUAUGGAAUAACCGAAAUUGGAACACAUGGGAGGCACAGCAAUAAAUAUAUGGUUUAAUAUAUUUCACACAAUUAAUUCAUCCCAUGGAGGAAGAGUUGAAUGAAUGAUCGUGUUAAAUUUGGCCAUAUGCUAAACUUUGCGUUGUGUUUGGCCAGGACUUUAUUCCGAUGCCCAUGUAUUAAAGGACCAGAUCGAAAUUGUGUUCCUUAAGCAUUCGGAAAUAUUCUUUUAUACAAAUUGCAGGAGUUCAAGCCUGGUGUACUUGUCUUUAUCAAGAGAGUAAUAAGAAAAUGCAACAGGAUGUAAGAACCACAGGAUUUGGACAGUAUUUGUACAGAAUAUAUGUACUGUAAGUGUCUGGCAUGGUUUGAUGGCAUGGGUUCUGCUUUAGCUCAGUUCAGAUUCCAGUUAAUGAAAGCCUUCCUGUCCUUUGCUUCUCCUGUAUGUCAAAGACCAUUACCUCAUUGCUUUAGCUCAGCAGUAAAGCUAGACGAGACUCUCAAUCCUGCAAACAGCUCUCAGGAGGCCAAGAAUCACAUCACAUAAAUGACCAAGAUUUUUAUGGAGUAAUUUCCUGAACUGUUUCAACAGUUGUAAUUAUGGAUGUCUGAGGAUUUGUACUUUAAAUUUAACCUCUGUAUUCCAUGGUUGCAGUUUCUGCCAUUCAAAUGACAUUUUGAAUAAUACAGAUGUACAUUCAGGUGGUUUAAACGCCAGUGUUGUAAAUUAAAUGUAAUUAUUAAAAUGCACUGUCUCUA